AUGCCGACCGACUGCGACCUAAACGACCUCUCCCCCUGCGGGGGUGUGAAUGUGAAGCGAGGGGCAAAUGUGGAAAUGGAAAUCAGAACACAAAGUGAUCAUUUUAAAUGUCAGAUCUGUCAUGUGGCCAGCACAUCGGGCACUGGCACACUGGCCGGGCCUAAGAGGCUCGACAUGUGGCAUCCAACGCGGCUAGGCAAAAGAAAAGAUGGCCAUAGAGCGUGUGCUAUGGCGGCGUGGUCAUCUGUAUCAUCUCGUUCACACAAACACACAGACGAGCAGAAGACAGCACACUGGCACAGAGGCGCAGGCCGACAGGGCCAGGCAGAGGUCGGCGGGGGCGUCAAAGGUGUGCAGGGGGCAUAG